UCACAGGCCGAGAAGGCCACUGCCAUCGUGUCGAUCCGAGUUGAUAGAGCGUCGGCGGGUCGCGCUGUGUCUUCAGGUGUGCAACGUCGCCAACAUCGGCUGCUUCCGACAACAUAUCCGGACCUUUGCGUCAUAUCCUGAGACUCCACGUGCCGCACAAUGGCGCCCUGGUUUCGCUUCACAACGCCCAUCUACAAGAACACCGGGUCUGUCGCGCGCGACCAUCUCGCCUCUGAGCGCACGUUCCUCGCCUGGAUCCGGACGGGUCUGGGCUUCGUAGCGCUGGGGAUCGCGAUCGAGCGGUUUUCGCAGCUCGACCUGACGGAGUUGGUCCCCGAGCAGAGCCGACGGCCGCGCACGGCUGAGCAGAAGCUCGAGAAAGAGCUCGACAAGGAGCACUCGCAGGUGCUCGUGGGCACGCUCAUGGCGCUGGGGUCGGGCUCCAUCCUGUACGGCACGGCGCGGUACUUUUCGGGCAUCAAGCACCUCGAGAGCGGCCACUUCAAACCUGCGUAUCACGGGGCGGCCGUCUUGGCGGCUUCAGUGGCUGGUCUCGCGGGAGGAGUUUAUGGCACUGCGUUGCGUCGGCGGAGGGCGGAGAGGGUGGAGAUGCAAGACUGAGUGUCUUGGAGGUUUUCUUUGGGUGUCUAUGGCUGGCUGGUUGACCACGUUGAGACGCGCUUUCACGGUAUCCUUUGUACAGCUGACCUGGGAGGAUGUGCAGCAUAUCAUCGCAAAAGAACGAUAUCCGCUCAAAUGAUAAGGUAGACAGUAGUGAUUGGGCUGCCGUACUGAAGCAUGAUUCUCAAGACGA